AUGAAACAAUUCCUCACUUAUAUGGACCAUCCUGGCAAUUUCCUUCAAGGCGGAAUCACUGCUUCGAUUCAGGCCGGUGCUUUUGCAGGGUCGUUGCUGACGGGCGCUCUGCUGGCUGAUCGCCUGGGCCGCCGCAAAACUAUCCUGCUUGGCUCUUUGAUCUUCACUAUAGGUGUAGCUGUCGCGACUGCGGCCAACAAUGUCACGGCCCUUGUUGCUGGACGCGUGAUUAAUGGUCUUGGGAAUGGUUGCUUAGCGAUGAUGGUUCCCUUAUACCAAAGCGAAAUUGCGCCUCCGAAAAUUCGCGGCCGAAUCGUCUCCAUGCAACAAUGCUGUAUCAAUUUUGGUAUUCUAAUCGCUUUCUGGAUUCAAUACGGUGCCAGCUAUCUCGACGGCCCUGCAUCGUUUCGAUUGGCAAUGGGUCUCCAGAUGAUCCCCACAGUUACCCUGCACUUGACCAUGUAUUUCAUGCCGGAAUCGCCGCGUUGGCUUGCCCAGCGGGACGAAAACGAAAAGGCCUUGCAAGCAUUAGCGCGAUUGCACUCCGAUGGCGACAUUAACGAUCCCUUUGUACAGGCGGAGCUGGCUGAAAUUGUGGCCAAGAUCAAGUGGGAGAGAGAAAAUCCGCCACCAGGUUAUAUCGAGAUGCUAUUCGGCCGGGACCGUCGUCGGAUGUGGCUGGGACUCGGUGUGCAAUUCUGGCAACAAGUUACGGGUGUCAACGUAAUCAUGUACUAUGCAGUGUUCCUGUUUGAGCAAGCAGGUAUUACCUCGAACAAGGGCUCGCUGUUGGCAAAUGGUAUCCAAGGUGCCGUCUUGAACGUUUUCACCUGGCCCAACAUGUAUUAUAUGGACAAAUGGGGCCGCCGCAACCCCAUGAUCAUUGGUGGAGUUGGCAUGGCUAUUUCCAUGAUGUUGAUCGGAACAAUCAUGAAGACCAUGGGCAAUCCGGUGUAUAAUCCUCUCACGGACAAGACAAAUUUCGCCUUUGCUAACCAGACAGCCUCUAAUGCUACCAUUGCCUUCGUCUAUAUUUAUGUCAUGACGUUUGCUUUGACCUGGGCCUGUGUGGCCUGGGUUUAUCCACCGGAGCUAUUUACCACUGGCUCGCGUAGUCGUGGUACUUCCAUGACCUCGGCUACAAACUGGUUUGUGAACUUCUGGUUCGCACUAUAUAUCCCCACGGCAAUGGAAAAGAUUUCAUGGAAGCUGUACAUGGUUUUUAUGACUCUGUGCUUCGCAAUGGCUAUUUGCGUCUUCUUCUUCUACCCAGAAACAGCAGGGAAGUCAUUGGAGGAAAUUGAUUUCCUUUUCGCAAAGAACCGCACUAUCUGGGUGUUCAGUGACCAGAAGGCUCGCAAGGUCGGUGCCAUCUUUGAGCGCGACAUGGCUCACGGUGAGGCUCUCACAGAGUUUGACGACAAGGGCACGGGGGUAGUACAUGUGGAUCAUGUUGAAGUUUGA